ACAAUUAAAUUACAAGAAAAGACAAUAAUCUAAUAAAGCAUCAUAAAUCUUCGUUGAGUUUUAUUUUUCCCACACAACCUUUGAUAAAUCAAACAUGGUUACUCCAAACAUUUCACAAAACCAAAAACCAAGGACCACUAGAACCCUCAAAAUCUGCUUAUUGGUCUCUACAAUUUUCUUAAUCAUUGUUGCCACAAUAAUUUUAUCAUUAGUUUUCACAAUCUUUAAACCAAAGAACCCAAUUGUAAAUGUCUACCCAAUUGGACUCAAAAACCUUAAAUUUUUCCAACCAAAUCUAACUAGUGUACCAUUAAACAUGGUAGUUACAAUAAAGAACCCAAAUUAUGGAACUUUCAAGACCAAAAAUUCCACUGGUUAUAUUAAUUUUCAAGACACUAUAGUAGCUAAAGUUCCUAUAGGACCAAAUAUUUUCCCUGGUCAUAAGACAACUAAUGUAAGCACUAUUGCUGAUCUUAUGAUUGGAAUAUUGAUUUCUGAUCAGAAGUUUUUGUCAGAUGUUGGAGAAGAUGGGUCUUUUAAUUUGACAGCAAAGGCUACACUUCAGGGAAAAGUGCAUUUGAUUAACGUUUUAAAGGUAAAGGCAACGGUUAAUAUUUUUUGUGAUGUCUUUUUUAAUAUAAGUUCAUUGGAUACUGAUUCCUAUUGCAUAACCAAAAUCAAGUUGUGAUUGUUGGCUUCCAAUUGGUGGAAUUUUCGUAUUUUCGUAUUCACUAGUAAUGUUACUUAUAUAUCUUUCCGGUCACAAAUAUAAGUAAAAGUACAUUUUUUAAUUCAUUGAAUAACAAAUAUAUCUUGUCUAUAUUAUAGUCUAAAUACAUAUGUUAUUCGAUAAAUCUAAAAAAUGCAUUUUUCUUAUAUUUAUGGCAGGAGGAAAUAUGUAUAGUAACUGGAGAAACAAUAUUGUUUACAUUUAAUCUUAGAAUUUAAAGUAAGAAAGGUAGUGGUUGAUAUUGUAAUGA